AUGAACAUUGUGAAAUUGAAACCGUCUACACUAGUCCACGAGAACAACGAAAUGGUCAAACGAAAGAGAGAAAACCUGCUGGGUAAGCUGGACAAGCUGCAAGCUGCCGGAGACCCCGAAAAGGCCCGGCUGGGCGCCACAAAGGAGUACCUGGAGGGCAUGCAGAUUGUCAAGAAGGCCAAGCUUCAUCAGAACCCCGAUCUUCAGCUGGAGGAGGAAAAAGUGGAUGAAAAUGCCGUUCUGGAAGUCCAGCGGAAGAUUGCCAGCAACAAGCUGCAUUUCGGCGACAAGGAGCUGGUGAGAGCGCUGAAAAUCGCGCAGAAGAGCGAGGUGCAGAAGAACUCCAAGAAAAUUUCGGCUUUGGAGAGCGGAGAGGAGCUCAAGGGUCGUGGAUCGAAGGAUGUGACGGUUGAAAGUCUGCAGAGCGAGAUUGAUAUGCUCAACAAGAUGGAACUGGAGCAGCUAGCCAAGAUUGUGGCUAUUCGAACGCUGCAAAAGGUGUACACUGGAGAGGACAAGAAGACUCCUCAGUGGCUUCCCGAGUGGUUCUUGGAUGAGUCUAGCGAUCGAAUGGCGGAGUUUAAGACAUUCCGAGAGGCUGCUACUCGCGAGGAGAUUAAUUUGCAUACUCGAAUGACUGCCCAAAAGGGCGUUCGAACUGCUGUUGAGCAGUACACCAAGCGUCUUGACAAGGCUCUCGGAGAUAUUGACGAGAAGGAGGUGAAAAGAGAUGCUGCCGAGAAGAGAGAAAGAGCAGUUGAAAAGGGGGAUAAAAAGGCCGACAAGAAAGAAGGCAAGAUUGAGAAGCCCAAGGAUGAGAAGACCAAGGCUGAGAAGACCAAGGCUGAGAAGACCAAGGCUGAGAAGACCAAGACUGAGACCGACGAGUAUGGACAAGAGAAGCUCGCAAAUAUGGACGUCUCCGACGCCGAGUCCGACGACGGGUUCUUUGAGAACUCCGCAGCCCAGUUUUCUGACGACGAUGAGGAGACCUUCCCGCAGAUGUCAAUGGCUACAGGUUACAUUUCAGGCUCGGACGACGAGGAUAUCGACAACGACAAGGUGGUCAAGGGAGCAACCAAGAAGGAGCGAAAGAACCGACGAGGUCAGGCCGCGCGACAGCGAAUCUGGGAGCUCAAAUACGGCUCGCAGGCCAACCAUCUUAAAAAGCAGCGCCAGGAGCGGUACGAAAAGAGCCAGCAGCUGCAGAGAGAGUGGGAGGAGCGAGAAGCCAAGCGUCAGGAGCGACGGAACAAAAUGUCACAAGAGGAGCGAGAUGCCGAGGACGAGCGACAACGACGCAAGAAGCUGGGUCUCCGUCCCGAGCCCAAGCAGCAUAGAGACGACUCUGGCCCCUUGCAUCCCUCCUGGCAAGCCAAGAAGGCACAGUCCAACGUGUCUUUUGCAGGUAAGAAGGUUGUGUUUGGCGAAGAUACGUCUUCUGCUGCUCCUGCCAAGCCCAAGGGUCCCGCCAAGGACGACGAGGGUCCUCUGCAUCCUUCGUGGGCUGCUAAGAAGGCCCAGUCGGCCUCAACCGCCUUCGCAGGCAAGAAAAUGACCUUUUAA